CACGACUUCUCGAAAGAGGUUUUGGGUCAGGAAUCGGCGCCUCGAAUGUCAGAGAAACGAAACGGACUUCAACGGUGUUCUCAACAACCUCUGCAACUGCUGCCUACAGCAGCCCCCUCCUCUCUGCCUGAAAAGGCCUCUUCUUCGCCGAGCGAGUCUCGCUCUCCCCGAGCUCAGGGCCAGAGCCAAGAGGCUGCGGAGAAGCAGCCUCUGUUUUCAUGUGGAAGAAGAACGAACGUGGAGCUCUGCAGACGAAGUCCGGACUUUCCUCUGCACAGCGCGGCCAAAAGGCAGGUUCGGAGCAACCUCGUUGUCCUUUCUCCUUCGCGGUACCUCCUGUCUGGUCUCCCGCGUGUCUCUGCCGACUAAAGAACUCGCCGAAGACGCUGCUCGGCGAAGACUCGACGGGCCAGUUUUCCGCGAAGACGACUGCGUGGCGGCCGAAACUUCUUCCGCGUUCCUCGGCAAAGAGGAACGCGCGCUAGGUGAAAACGAAACGCUCGUGUCUCCCGUUCGACCGCCGUCGAACUCGACGAGUCGGGCGCGAAGGCGCGACCAACGCCAAGUGUUCCACCUCUUCACUUGCAUAAAACGUGGAAGAUCGAAGCUUUCGAAACCAGGAAAUCAUCUGUUCUUGGAGACACAGAUGCCUGCACCUGUGUUCGUUUCUUCUGGCGUCUUUCGGCCUCCAGUUCACAAGCCGAACAAGCCGCCACCCUGUGACUUGCCGGUUUCUCGGCUUCGGUGUUGUACGUACACCUGGUCUGCGCGGUGGUCAUACACCACGGACGCGGAAAGCGAGUCCACUUGGAAGUCGAACUCGAAGAAGUCUUUGCACUUUUGACUUAGGCAAUAGUAAAGUGCAGUGACACACGCACCGUCGUCUAGAGGCCUGCGCAGGUCGCCGCCUUCACUGCAGUCUAUCGAAACAGGCUUUCCUGCAUGCAUGUUCAAGUGGCAGAGGGGGCUUCUGAAGCCGCGAAGGAAUCUGAGAGUCUGCGCCGCUGAUCGCCAUUCGGCGAAAGCACUUCAGAUCCGCUGCGCCGCGCACUGUGCCAGGCGCUUCGUGCAUGCAGACAGCGCCUCGCGAGUCUCAAAGGCUACAUUCCUUCGAGAGAGAAACGCGAAGAAACACAAAAUGGGUUCGGCCGGACGCCAUCGCCACCGGAGGCGGCGGGCCGAGACGGGAGGCCAAGAAGGGCACUCCGGCCAGCGUCCUGUCCACGAGGCGGCCGCAUGCAGAGCGCGGGAGGAGGCUGCUCUCUCUGCAGCUCUGAAAAACGACCGCACACCAGUUCCUCGUUUCGCGGAAGAGCGGCCAGCAGCAGAAGACGCGCGUCACGUCUCGGAUCGUGCGGCGCCUCAGCCGGAACUCCAGGGCGACCGAGAAAAAGCAACAGGAGCCUUGAGGGAAGACAUCGGCGAAACGCAGACGGAACCGCUGAAAGAAGAGCCCAGCGAAGAAGGGAGAGGACACAGAGAAGCGUUCGACGAAGAAGAUGUGAGUGGACAAAGGGAAGGAAGAAAUGGGGGAGACGUGCAGUGCGAGCAAGCGAGCGUCGAUCGCUGGACUCGAACGGAGCGGGAGGAGGAGAAGAAUGAGAGAGACGAAACUGCAGAUGCUUCAGACACUAGGGUGCGUCCAGGUCGACGCGGCCUUGAUCGUGAAAAGGAAAGGGGAGAGGCGAAGACGCAGGUGUGUGCAAACGCGGGCGCAGCGAACGACAGAGACGGCACAGGAGGAGAGGUCGAACUGGAUGCGAAGAGCGACGCGGACACCGAACGAGGGCUUCAGCCGCACAGCGAAGAAACCUCCCGCAUGGGCGAGGUGUGGCAGAGACUCGACUCCAACCACCGAUGUUCUGAAGGAAAACGGAAGCAAAGCGGUAGUCCUCGUUGUACGAGAGUGCACAUCGUCUCUCAGUCGUCGAGAAGAGACAACGAGGAGACCCAAGAGAGAAGCCGGGGUGACCUCCUAUGCGUGGGCAACUCUUCACUCUCCGUUCGCUCGGUCUGGCGAGGCUGCGACACUCCGGAAAAGCUUCAGAAAACCUCACGCUUCGUCUCCAGCGACGCAGGUCCAGCGUGUGAGGACCCCUUUGACUCGGACGCCUCCGACACAAUCACUUCAGACUCGCCUUCUUCCUGGACUUCUCGUACUCCUUCGCACCAGGACAGUGAACCGGCUGUCGUUCAAGAGACACCUACAAAGCCUAUCUCUCUCUCCCGCAGACGCCGGACGCCCCCAAGUCGGCCGCAUACGAGUGCAGGUAGAAAACCUGAAGACCACUCCUCGAACUGCAGACGGCCUUCGGGGGACGCUUCGCUUUCUGGGAAACUGUCGGCGCUUGUGGAAGAGCCUCCCUGCUCUUCUCGCUUCAAGACUCUUUGGCAGGCGCAGCGAGAAGGACGGACGCGAGAACAACUCGUGACGGCAGCAACAGAGGCCGAGAGCGAAGGAGACAGCUCGAGAGACGGAGACACGGAGAGGCCGACCCCG